AUUCUAUCAAAUAUUUAACAUUGUAAUGAUGGAAAAAGAAGCUGAUAUUACUGCCGAGGAGUUUGCACAAUAUGAUCGCCAAAUUCGAUUGUGGGGACUUGAUGCACAAAAACGCCUUCGUCAAGCCAAAGUUCUUGUUGUUGGAAUCGGUGGACUUGCUUCUGAGGUGGUCAAAAAUGUUGUACUUGCAGGUGUAAAGGCUUUGACAAUGCUUGAUGACAAAGUAGUUUCAGAGUCUGAUAUGGGUUCUCAGCUUCUUGUAACUCAUUUAGACAUGGGAAAAAAUAGAGCAGAAGCAUCAAUGGCCCGAACACAGCCGCUCAAUCCAAAUGUAAUCGUAUCAUGCGAUAAGAUGCCAAUUUCGGAGAAACCGGAUGAUUUUUUUCGGGAGUUUGAUAUAGUUUGUUUAACGGAGGUACCAUUCGAAGAAAGGAUAAGAAUUAAUUUAAUAUGCAGAUCAUCUGGAAUCAAAUUCUUUUGUGGUGAUGUUUUCGGAUUUUAUGGAUAUUGCUUUGCUGAUUUGGGGAUGCAUGAUUUUGUGCGUGAAGAAGUGAAAAAAGAGAAAAAGUAUGAUCUUGAUGGAGAACCAGAAGCAAAAAAGAGCAAACUAGAUGAAAAGGGCAAAAAAGAAGAAGAAAAGAUUCUUGUAAGGGUUACAGAUGAAUUUUGUAGUCUUGAAGAAUCUUUAACUGAGGAUUGGUCAACAAGAUCAAGGAGAAUUAUGCGACAAUCAUCAUAUAUCUUUUUUAUCAUUAAAGUAAUUGACAAAUUCAAGGAAAAGACGGGUCGAAGUCCAACAUUCGGCAAAGAAGAUCAAAAUUUACUUUUAGAACUGAGAAACGAGGUUCUCAAGGAUUCAAAUGUUUCAGAAACUUACAUUCCCGAAGAAUUUCCUCAAUUUUGUAUUUCUGAACUGAAUCCAAUUUGUGCGAUAACUGGUGGGGUAUUGGGCCAAGAAAUUAUAAAAGCUGCGUCACAACGAGAUGCUCCACAUAAUAACUAUUUUUUCUACAAUGGUCGUAGUCAUGCUGGCAUAGUAGAUCAAAUUUGCCCACCUUUUAAAUAACAGAUGGAAUUUCACAUUAGCAGCAUAAAUGCACAAUGGAAUUUAAAAGUACUGAGAUUAAUACACAAGCAUAACGGCUGGGCACAAACUUUUAAACAUUUGUUCAGAAUUGGAUGGAUGCCUAAUAUUUUCUCUUCUAGUCAUCCCCACUACAGUUGGGAGGAUAGCUUGAUUUUUUUUUCUAGUUUCUUACUUUGUAUAAUUUUUGUAUUCUUAAUAAUAACCUUUUCCCAGCCUGAUAACUAGAGAAAAUGACACCAAAUAAGCUCUUUUUUCAUGUUAUAUAUAUUCGAUGUAUCAGAAAAUAGCCGUACUGUACACCAAAGCAAUAAACUGAAAUUAUUUGAUUGAUUGGAAAGAUGUAAUUACAGUGAAGAAAGUAGAAUAAAAUAGCUGAAUAUCAAA